AUGCGUCGGAGGGGAGGCCUGGCUCUGGCCGUCCUCCUGGCGCUCGCGCUCGCGCUCGGCGUCGGCGGCGAUGAGGUCGAUGCCGGCAUCACGAGCGGGACACGGAACGGCGACGCCCGCCGCGGCCAGGCGGGCACCGACGCGCCCACGGGAGGAGCCGACGUGAACGACGGGGCGACGCACCAUCUCUGGCGCGGCGUCCCCGAGGACCAUUACGUCCCGGACUUCCACCCGGACCCGCUCCCGGACGACCACCCUCUGAUCGUCAGCCACAGACGAUGGUGGCGCGACGCCAUCGAGCACGCGUUCAGCAGGCACCACCACACGUCCCCGGCCGAGUGGACCCGAUCGCACCCGGAGGGACGCAGGCGCAUCCUCCAGUCCGGGCUCUGGCCGGCGGACUGGCCCACGCGACCGUCCACGAACUACUCCGGCUACAACUUCCCGGGCGGCGAAGGACCCGACGACAGGCCGUACGUGCUGCCGAUGCGGUACCAACCUCCGCCGUCGCCCCCGCCCCCUCCGCCGAGUCCACCCCCGCUCCCGCCGCAUCCCCCGCCCUCGGCGCCGUUCCCGCCGUCGCCGCCGCCGUCGCCGCCGCCCGCGCCGCCGCCGAUCUACCCGGUCUCCCGGUCCAGGGCGUGGAGGCCGUAUCCAAACUCCACCCUCGUGGACGUGUUCAUGGGCUACGCGGGCGUCGGACCCAUAUUCUUCGCGGUGGACAGGUACUACUACUCGACGAUUCGAUCCGACGUCGAGGGACCGGAGUCGUUCGAGAGCCGGUUUGACGCGAAUAACCCGCGGCCGCCCACGCUGAAGGGACCGGGAAACACGAAGCACCAGCAGCUUCACGUUCCCGUGAACGCGACGGAGGUGUACGUGAGGAUAUGCGACGACGCGGGGUAUCCGCUCUCCGCGAUUCAGAACGUGUCGAUUGAACCCGGCUCGCACCUGGCGUCGGCGUUUGGCCGCGGCAACUCGAAGGAGGUGACGGUGAAGACCCUGUGGGAGCUCAUCAGCGCGAUGAGGGACGACACGGUGAGCAAGAUCAAGGUCAUCGCCCACAUAGGCUUGGGCGGGAGGCCGUUGCCGACCAUCUCGGGGGACAGGGACCUGACCAUCGUGGGCGAGUGCGCCAACCCCGCCGGCCCGGUUGGCGUCCCCUUCAACGUCACCGCGCUGAACAACACGGGGUUCACGCCCGGUUACAACGUCACGGACGGGUUCAGCCACCUGCCCGAGAUCCCGCCUUACAACUGGUCCUUAUUCGCGCGUUGGAACGACACGGCGUCCGACCGGACGACGACGACAGACGCCGGGCGGAGGCUGCUGCAGGAGAUGGACCGGUUCGGGCUCAACGCGCGGCCCCGCGGGUCUCGGGCGCGAAGGCGGUUGCAAUUCAGCCACGACCCCGCGCCUGCCGGGAGGGAUUACGCGGGCAUCAGGGAAACGGACACGUCCGACGUGUUGGACCGGGAGCUGUACACCGGUACGUUCGGAGACGUGUACGCCGGGUCCUUCGGGGACGUGGGCACCGACGAGGGUGUCGCGUUUCUCCUAGCCGCCAUCGAGGUCAUGUCGCAGCUCGGCGAGGAUUCCAACCUGACGUUGUCCGAGCUCGGAGCUGGCAUCGCGCAGAUCGAGCCAGUCAACGAGACGCGGUACCCGUGGGAGCAGGAGGUUUGGAGCACGUGGACCGAGGAUGCGUUUUUCGUCCGCGGCACCGCGUUUGACUCCCCCACGCCGCUGGAGUACUACGAAGCGGGCACGACGCACGCCAUCGGCGGACCCGUCAUCGUCGCGGGGGGACCGGAGCUGAACCUCACCUGGAACAGGUACUACGUCCCGAACGUCACCGCGGGUAACCUGACGCACGUGUGCAGGAACGAGACGUGGGUCAACGAGACGACGAUAUGCUUCAACUUCACCCGGGAUGAUUAUUUCAAAGCGUGCGGCGACGGGUACGCGUGGAACGCCUCCGGCCCAGUGCCGGGGUACGUGACCCGGUACUACGAACCGAACGUCAUCAUUCACCCGCACUGGGGCAGCGCGGAGAUCUUGAGCCUGAACCUGAGUUCCACGACGAACACGUCGGACGAGAAGGGGCGAUGGACGGUUCGGACAUACAACAACAAGGACGACGGCUCGGGGAUUCGCGUAUUUUGCCACAACGAGACUUUGCGGGACGGGGUCAUCGUGAACGGGACGCUGGUGAACAACACGUGGAACGGGACAAUAUUCAACGGCACGUACAACGGCACCGAGUUGCAGUACAAGUUUAACAGGACCCUCGCUGAGCCGUGGCAGAUGGUGUGCUUCAACCUGACCCGAACGUACAUCAACGAAACGUGCGUGGCCACCGGGGGGAUAUACAACGUCACCACAAACACCACGUUCUUCCGUAUGAUCGAGACCUUCUACGUCCCGCUCGAGAAUCGAUGCGUCAUCGACGGCCUGGAGCACAGCGCGAUGUUCUCCGUCGGCGACGAGACUUCGCCCGAUUGCGCCGCGUUUGCGCCCAGACCGGUGCGCUUCAAGCCCGGAUUUGGCGGCGCCAAACCCGUUCCGGUCGACGUGAGCGAAUCGAACCGAAAAGUCCACGUGCCGCCGCAUCUCGCGCACCGCUACGAUUACGACGGCUGGUCCGGACCCAACGCCACGACCGAGGGCGUCGCGCGAGUGCCCCCGAGGCGGCGCAAGUUGGGCGGUCUCCACGGCAGCUUAGACCCGAGGGAAUCCGGCGUCGACGUAUUCGCCGGCGUCCCCGACACCGUCGUCGGGGAGUGGUCCCCGUGGGGAAACGAGCAGGUGACCAAACGCCCGAGCACGAACGCGGCGUCGCGCAGGUGCGGGCGGCUGGAGCUGAACAAUCUCGUGCUUCGAAGGGGUUGGUCGGCGUCAACGGCGGGUGCCGUCGCGGCGGUUAAGGGGGGCGAGCUCGCGGUGCGAAGGUCGGUGGUGGAAUUUUCCCGAACGGGGCCGGGCGCGGGUCGCGGGGGCGCGAUCGUGAACUACCGGGGCGACGUGAGGAUAUCGCGGAGCACGUUCCGGGGUAACGUCGCCGCGAAAGGGGUGGACGGGAGCGCGACGGGCGGGACUGACGGCGGCGUCGUCGGCACUGGCGACCACCUGUACCACCACGGCGGGACAAACAACGACCCCGGGUCGCUGUGGAUCGACUAUGACACGACGUUCGACGGUAAGGUGCACGCGGUGAACCAGGCGAGCUCGGACCAAUCGAUCUGA